GAAGCUGCGAUGAAAUCAACCAAGCACCACAUGCGGCGUGUCAUCGGCGACUCGACACUCACCUACAAGGAAAUGAGCACAUUUCUUACGCAAGUGGAGGCGUGCUUAAACUCCAGGCCACUACAACCACUCUCCGAUGACCCCAACGAUGUAUCUGCACUAACUCCAGGUCACUUACUGAUUGGUGGUCCGCUCAUCUCCAUCCCGGAACCUUCACUUACCAGAGCAGUCGAAUCUUCCCUGUCUCGCUGGCAGCACCUGCAAAGGAUGCGUGAUCACUUUUGGCAGCGGUGGUCACGCGAAUACCUACACGCUCUUGCAAUUCGUCCUAAGUGGCACAAGUCCGAUCAUACCCUGCAAAUAGGAUCACUGUGCCUCAUCCGAUCGGAGACAACUCCACCAAGCCGAUGGCCUUUAGCCCGCGUCACUAGCCUCCACCCCGGUGAGGACGGCGUCAUGCGAGUAGCGACCGUCAAGACAGCAUCGUCAGAGCUCCUGCGGCCUCACGUCAAGCUGGUUUUGCUGCCGGUGGACAACGUCGACGCUUGGACAACCUAAAUCUGUUAACCAUGAAAUG